AUGAGGACGACAACGGGUCUGCAGGUAAUCUUCCGCACCUUCCCUCUGCUGAAACCGGAAUGUGGCCCGCCGCGGUGUCCGCUUACCGAGCAGGGCGGCGCGGGUCCCAAUAACGAGCGUCUUUGUUGCAGCUGGUACAGAGGCUACAACCGCGCAAAGGACGCGGCUGGCAAUGAGAAGGCUACUGGCGACGCGUUGCCGUUUCUGUAUAGCAGCUCGGCGGACGCUGUCACUCCUUGA